UCUACAUCCUCAUUCACCAUACACUCUUUCUUUUCUAGACAAUUUUAAACAACCUCUACACCCAGCGCAAUGCUUUAACACAUACGGACUAUACACCACAACCUCAGAACAACGUUGUAUCCCAACCCACAUCAUCCAUACCACAAAAAUGACUACCUCACCACCAGCACAACCCCCCGACACAACCACAACCACACCUACACCAGACACCACCACCACCAACGCACACGCCCGCCCCACGAAAUUCCGCUUCAAAGACCCCUCCCGAAAGCGCCAUCGCCACCACCACUCCUCCCACUCCCACUCCCACUCCUCCCACCAGCGCACCCCCUCCCCGAAACGCAAAAAACACCGCGCCCCCCACCGCCGCAAGCACACCACCUCACCACCUCCCUCCCCAUCACAGCCCACAUCUCGCUUCUCUCCUAGCACCGCCUUCCGAGAAUCCCUCUUCGACGCGCUGGGCGACGACGAAGGCGCAGCAUACUGGGAGUCUGUAUACGGCCAACCGAUCCACACAUACUCUGUGCCGGAGGUACCGAAGGGCCCAAAUGGCGAGCUGGAGAUGAUGGACGAGGAGGAGUACGCGGCGUACGUGCGUCGGAAGAUGUGGGAGCGGACGAGGGAGGGGAUGCUUGCUGAGGAGGAGAGGAUGAGGGAGGAGAGGAGGAGGGUGAAAGAGAAGGAGAGGAGGAGGGAUAGGGAGAGGGGGGAGUGGGAGAGGGCUGUGGAGGAGAGUUUGAGGAGGGGGAGGGAGAGGAAGAGGAGGAGAGGGUGGAGGGGAGUUUGGGGGAGGUAUUGUGCUUGUUGGGGAGUAUUGGAUGGGGUGGUUAAGGAAGGGGAUGGAGGGAGAAAGUUUGAGGAGGUGGUGUUUUGGCCGGUUGAGAGUGGGGAGAGGAGAGAUGUGGGGAGGAAGGAGGUGGAGGAGUUCAUGAGGGAGUGUGCGAGGGUGGUUGAUGAGGAGGACACGGAUAAAGAUGAGGGUGGUAGGGGGUUGCUGGGUCUCUUGAAGACGGAGAGGGUGCGGUGGCAUCCGGAUAAGAUUCAACAUCGGUAUGGCAAGUUGGGGAUUGAUGAGCGAGUGUUGAAGAGUGUGACGGAGGUGUUUCAGAUUGUUGAUCAGAUGUGGAGUGAGGAGAGGAAGAAAGGAAACCAGUAGAUGGGUGAUUGAGGUUUAUUAUACCCACUGAGUUCUUUUGAUGUAUACUGUUUGGUUGGCGUUCAUUAUGAUACCCUACUAUGUACUUUGUUUACUAGGUUGGUCGUCAACUUUUCGCGUUGCAAGGAAGCAAGCAAGCUCAUAGAUAGAUACAACUGAUAUAACGCGACACGGCUAUGCAAGGAUAAAUGACACAUUUUCUGUUCUGUUU